AUGGACUACUGGACGCGCUCCACCAACAGGAACUCGUUAGAGAGCAUCGGCGUUUCGUACGACGAGCGCGACGCCGGCGCCGGCGAGCGGGCGAGGCGCGUGCAGGUGACGGCCCCCGAGAGGGCCUCGUCGCCCAACCAAGACCGCGACUGGACCAGCUUCACGGACGACGCAACGACGACGGACACCACCGGCUUUACAAGCUCGUCGCGGCAGCCGGCCGGCCUCACCGUGCACCAGCGCGGGGGGUCUUCGCUUGGCUUCACGUUCAGUGGAAUACCCGCCGAUGUGGUUUGCUUUCGUUCCUGCAUCUCGUACCACUCGCAUCGCCCCGGCAGAAAGGUGGUGGUGCCGGAGCAAAGCGGCCCGUUUGACGCGGAUGUGUUGUGCAUCAUUUUACUGUACAUCGCGGUGGGUAUGCGGGAAAUCCUGCAGGUGAGUCACACGUGUCGCUAUUGGCGAUUUUACGCAAACUACGCACCGCACUGGACGUACUACCGUCGUCUUGACUGGAGCAAGCGCAUCAAGGACCUGCCGAGCUACAUCCGCAAGGUGGUCGUGAAGCCGAAGAUCGUCACGCAGGAAGAGUACUUUCGCGAGCGCAGCAAAGUGCAGGCAGCGCAGCGGCGCGACGAGAUCAUGGGCACGGCACGCCACGUGCGUUGGUGCAUCGCCGUUGCCGUUCUUAGCGCCACCGCGUGUGCGGCAAACUUUGUUGUGGCGUACUUUUUAGGCUUCCUCCCGACGGUGCUGCGCAGUGACGCGACGCUUGGCAUCGUGGUGUUUGCCCUGAUGGUCACGAUGGUCGUGCUGGAGGUGACGGUCGUGAUUAUCCCCCUCGGCGGGGCCAGGUCGCCGUCGGAGAAGCAGAACAUGAUGCGGCUCCUCUCCUGGGGACUUUUUCUGCUCCUCACCGCCUGCAUCUUUGGCACCACCUCCGCGCUCGCGAUGGCGCGGGUGCGGAGCAGCGGGCACAUCAUUGACGGCACCGUGCUCGACUUCAGCAUGGCCGCCGAGUGCGGCGUCAUUGACGUGCACAGUGACCCCUCCUUCGUGCUGCUUCCAUCGCAGAUCACAGACGUGCGCUGGCGCCCAAUCACGAUGGACGACAGCGAAAGGGCCUUCCGCCCCUACUGCAUCUCGCACGCGAAUGCGACCAUGUGCUAUGUCUUUCUAUACUUUGAUGCGUUUUACAAAUCGAGGGUGUUUAACAACGCCAGCGCCGUGGCGACACGAGACAUCGGCACGCGCACGGCGUUGGGCUUUGACCCUAUUGACAACGGUACGGGUGGGUGGUGUGCCGCGGUGGGCCGGCCGCAGGUCGUGGCGCUCACGGAGUCUGUCUACCACCGUGUCCGGGAGAAGUCAAAUCGGCUCUUCCCGGCUGAGGUGUACACCACCCCCGCCCUUCGCCCUCAGACGACGGGGAGCAUGAGCUACCUGUGCAGCAUGGACCACGCACGGGUGACGACGGAAGACACGCCGGGUUCAACGCAAAUGUGGUACAAGCAUGGGCAACCGUGGCGGAGGCACUACAUCCCUCUCUCAACCGACAUCACUGAGUCGCGAGAAACGUUCAGGGAGCACCACGAUCAUUUUCUACGCUACGCCUACGGCUGUUACCUUGUCGCUUCUCUUUUUUGGCUUGUCAUGGUUACCACGCAGUGCUUAACGCGGGAGCAGGCGGUUGUGGUGUUGGGGGCGACAACCACCGUCACCCUUGCGCUGAUGAACCCCAUCGUCAUGAUCGUUGCAGGUGCCCUUUGCGUAAAUAUGCCGGAGCGCUAUUUCAUGUGUAGUGAGUCCUCGGGUGGAUCCUUGGCCGGUGGCGGUGUGUUUAUUAGUGCCUUUCUUGUCGCGAUUUAUGUCUGUUUUUUCUGA